AUGGUAUGGUGGAUGAUAAUGAUAAUUAUCAUCAUUAUACUUAUUAUCAUCAUUAUAAUAAUUAUAAUUAUUAUAAUAAUGAUUAAUUACAUUAUAAAACGCAAAGAAAAGAAAGAACAAGAGAAAACAACAACAAUAUUUAAAAUUUCACAAUCAAAUAUCAAAUUCAUAUCACUUGGAGAUGGAAUAAUAACAAAUAAAAAAGAAAUAGAAAUAGGAGAAGGAGAAGAAAUUGAAGUAAAUAAAGAAAUCAGAGAAUUAAUAUGUAUUGGAAAUGAAAAGAAAGAAAAAAAGAAAAUACAAAUAAGUAGUAAAGAAGAAAAUGAAAAAUAUUCAAUUAGAACAAACCCAAAUAUUAUUACAAUUGAAGGAGGAUACGCAUGUGAAUUUGAAAUAUUCAUUACAAUCAAAUGUACUACUAAAAUUAAAGAACAAAUAAUGAUAAUUAGUAAAACACUUAAUAAAACACAAGAAGAAAUAAUUAAAAGUAUUUCAAUUAAAGGAGAAACACAAAUAUCAACACGACUUGAUCCCGAUGAAAUAAAAGAAGAACAUAAAAUAGGAGAAGGAUCAUUUGGAAUAGUAUAUAUAGGAGAAUUUAGAGGAAAUCAAGUAGCAAUUAAGAAAAUGAAACAAAUUGAUAAAGAUGAAGAUAAAAUGAAAGAAUUUGAGAAAGAAGUAAUGAUGUUAGAUAAAUUUAGAAGUGAAUAUAUCAUUCAUUUUUAUGGAGCAGUAUUUAUUCCUAAUAAAAUAUGUAUGAUAACAGAAUAUGCAAAAUAUGGAUCAAUACAAGAUUUAAUUAAUAAAAGAACAAACACGGAAAUACCUAAUAAAAUAAGAAUUAAAUUCAUGAUAGAUGGAGCAAAAGGAAUUUCAUAUCUUCAUUCAAAUGGAAUACUACAUCGAGAUAUUAAACCAGAUAAUUUUCUUGUUGUAUCAAUUGAUGAUAAUAUUGGAGUUAAUUGUAAAUUAACAGAUUUUGGAAGUUCAAGAAACAUUAAUAUGAUGAUGACAAAUAUGACAUUUACAAAAGGGAUAGGAACACCAAAAUACAUGGCACCAGAAGUAUUAAAUCGAGAACAUUACAAAAUGGCAUCAGAUAUAUAUUCAUAUUCAAUAACAAUGUUACAAAUCAUCACAUGGGAAGAUCCAUUUCCUAAAACAUUAUAUCCACAUCCAUGGGAUACAGCAAAUACAAUAUCAACAGGUAAACGACCAAAAAUAAUACAAGAAGUUGAAGAAGAUAUUAAAGAAAUUAUUGAAAAAACAUGGAAACAAGAACCGAAAGAAAGAAUAAGAAUAGAAGAAGUCAUAAGAAUGUUAGAAAGAAUUGAAAAUAAAGAAUAA